AUGGACCAUUCCGAGGGUGCUUCAGAUGCGCCCUUUGCAUCCUUACCUAGCCACUCACAAGGCUGUUACACGGCAGGGCAUGCUCCUACAGGCGGAUCGGACGGUAGACUACCGCGACCUAUGUCUAUCCAUAAAUCAGCGCAGCUUCAGCAGCUUCCACUUGUCUUCGCUGUGGAAGUCUCGAGUACAAGCGAGAGAAUCUUUGAGCAACAAAAGAACACAAUCUCACAUAUAACCUCGAAGCUUGAGCCCAAGGAGCUGGCAGACCAGUCUUACAUUUUACCUUGGGAUCGUCAAGCUCACGACCCAGUACCUGCAAAUCUGAUUGGGAGCCUUAAACAUAGCGUUGGAUCAAACCCAUCGAGCAUUUUCGAAAACCAUCUUGGUCGAAGAUGCCUUGAGGAGUCAAAGAUCUGGUUCCUCAUGACAGAUGGUGUAGUUGAAGAGGAGCGUGCCAAUGCCUUUACGAAUAACAUUGCUGAAGCGGGAUUACACGGCACUCCAUCUGUCAUAAUUGUCUUUGGAAACAGGUCUCGUCCUCCUUCUCGAAGCAAAUUCUCAAUUGGCAUGUCUAUCUGUGCACUAUCACCACAUUGUGCGGUGCUUUUCCACGACGUAUGGAGUAAUGAGCUAUUCAUCGUUCAAGCCAAAGGUUGUUUCGCUAGUUUGCUUCCGAAGGGGUCUUACUUCAAGUGGUUCAGUGGAACGAAAUGGGCCGACUUUCCCCAGACGACCUACGAUAGGCUGCUGAGGGUUCGCGUUCCAGACGCAAUUCAACUCUCAAAAGAUGAAGUGGCCCUGCCUUACGGCAACGUGUUCGAUAUGAAGUCCAUCUACAACGACCUCGUGUCCGAACGCGCCAAGCUUCAACUGGUAUCAAACAACUGUGCCCUCGAUGCGAUAAUGGUAGUUGCCAAAACGAGAGGAGAAGGAUUCUUGGUCAAGCUGUGGAUUGAGAGCCUUCGCAGAACAACGACGAGAGACAGCCUGUCGAUGGAAAGAGACGAUAUCAACUCCCGAGGGAUGAGAACCAUGACAUAUCUACUGAUGGCAGCUGAGAAAGAGCUGAAAGCAGCAACAAAUCGCCAAAAAAACAUUUGGUCUUGUUUGGCAUCUAUCGCCGAGUCCAGAGCCAUGGAAAUACACGGUCCAAGCAACCUAGACUUUCAUCGCGCAUCACUCAGAUUUGAGAACAAGAGAAAUUGGGCCAGCUUCGAAGCCAAGGUGGAGAUGGAACACGCGGCACUCAGGCGUGUCACCAAAAGCUUACAAGAGGUCCAGUCAGCGAUAGGGAUACUCGAUGGUCCUUUGCGAGAUGAUUCAAGGCUCGCCCUAGCUGACACUUUUUGGUACCCCGCUAGUGGAGUAAAGGCACAGAGAGACAACGAGAACCUUGCGGCAUCUGUUCAACCGAACAAGGUGGAUAAGGAAGAUGUCGACAAGACAUUGUUUCUCUCCAGCUUCAAUGGCACUCGGAAGCUUGAAAAGGCCCCACGGUCAAAGGCGUACGCUACCUGUCCGAUAUGCCGAGAGCCGAAUUCGAUCCAAACGUUACUUCUUCGAUCAAGCCCCAAGGACAACAAAACUCCACACCUUCCAUUGCCCAACCAAAGGCUCCAAGUGAAGUGUCCCUUGGCGCUGGGGAAUUGCCCAGAGGUCGACGUCAUUCUUCCACUUACAUGCUGCGAUGGCUGCGCAUUCCUCCUCUUGAGGAUGAACAAGCAAGUCAGCUCUCUUCAAACUAGCUAUCAGGUCGCCGCGGCACUUCCACUUGUAUCGCUCCAAGACAAGCAGAACCGAAGGCUAUGGAGGCAGAAACUCACAGAGGUCUUUAGACAUCGCUUCCACGAUAGUGCUGUCUUGUCUGUCUUCCUCGCUACCAUCUGCACUCAAAUUGAAAACGUCCCUAGUCUGGCACGCUCAAAGACUCUCAAGUGGUGCAGAGAUGAACUCUCUCGACUACCAGGGAUCCACGUCCCCCAAAGCGCUAGCCCAAAGCUCGUCACCACUCUUCCAUCAGCACUCAGCAAUAUGGUUCCGCCGCAACAGGUCGCCUUCUUUGCAUGCCUAGGAAACAAAUUCUAUCUAAAGGCAGUUCUAUCGCAGCCAGUUGAGGGGUUCGUUGUUCUCGUUCAGCUAGCAGCAUCGAUGAAUGUUGUUAAACCAGAGGCUAUCCGGAAGCUGGUUUGGAAGCGGCUUCUAUGUCAUUUCAUAGAGCAAGACUUGCGUUUACGAACUAAUUUUGGGACAGAAUAUGCUUAUGCUACGUUUCAAGAGAUUAUACAAGAGUCUCCGUCCUCUAGCCAAGAGCGUCCUGGCAAAUUCGUUAUAGCUCUCCCGAAACAACGAACAACUGUAUCACUGACUUCGCUGGUCAAUACAUACCUUAUCCCGCCAGGAUCGAGCGCCAUAUCACAUUUUUCUCGCAUAGCCUGCUUUAAGGAAGUAUAUAGUACGACCAAGUAUAACGCAGCGCUAGCAUUAUUUUUACAUAUAAUGGCCAGCCUUAAAUAUCAUGGUGAGGAGGCUGUGGAUAUCUUGGAAGAGAUGCAGGGUGUGGCAAACAAGCUUCGCCACGUUGGAGAGGGCAUGAGGAGUGUUUUUGAGGAUCCAGCGUCUAUUGACGAGCCUGGAGCUGCGUGUGCCAUUGCUCAUUUAGAGUCGUGGCUGAAGUACAUUGUAUCAGGGAAUUGA